UAAUUUGUUAUUUUUAGGAAUGUCUACUUUAUGUUGUUGGUUUGUUUGGUUGCCAGAAAAAAAAAAUCAGGGUCGAUGUUUUGAUCAUUUAUUUGUUCCAUAUGUUCUCUCAUUUCUGUUUGGUUUUUAUGUGAAUAUCUAGUUAAAUGUGUGUUCACAUUGCCCACCAUUUAUCCUUAAAAAACUACUUUAUGGAUGGAGGCCCUUUUCAUAGAAAUAUUUCUAUGUAACAACGGUUUCGACUAUGUGAUUAUAUACAUUCAGUUUACUAAAAAUGGUGGGAGAAACAAUGGUUUCGACAAUGUGAUUAUAAGAUAACAACGGUUAUCUUAUGAAACUUGAGAUUACAUUUUCUUAUUAGCUGUGUUUUCCAUUGCUUAUGGAUAUUGAUGGCAAACAAUUAUAUACUAUCCCAGCAUGCUAUCAUAAUACCUUAGUGUUGUUUCUUGCACAUCUUUCUUUCUGUUUUUGCAGAACAUGUUGAUAUGGUUGAGAAGAUGAUAUUGUGCUUAGUCUCGUCAAAUUUAGAUGAAUAAUUAGGCAAUAAAAAGAGGGCGACAUUGGCCCCUUCCUCUUCUACUGCAAUUUUUCCACAAGCAUUGAUUAGGGAAUUUGUUUCUAUUCAAAAACGGAUCCUGUCAUCCCAUCACCUCUUAUUUGGAGGACUCGAGCACUUUUUACAACAUUCGAUCCGUGGCAGUUUCUCACUUCCACCUAUAUAAUAGGGUUAUUUUAUGUUUGUGUUUCCAGAAGUUGCUGCAAACAAUUAUUGCCUCUGUUUUAGCGCUUCUACUUUUCACUUGUUGGAGCUCUCUUAUCUGCAGUGACUGUAUUUUAUUUAUUGUUAUGUUGAUCAGUAUUAUCAAACUUCAUUUUUUUUUCAUUGAUUCUUUAGGAGGCUUUCCCACUCGGUGGUUUCUGGAGUUGUGAAAUUGAUUUUCGAAUCAUCUACAAAGAAAAAGGUACUGGUUGUCGCCAUACAUGAAACCAAAAGAGAAUGAAGAGCAUAUCUCUCCCGAAGCGCUACGUCAUAGUAAUGUUAACCUUCAUAUGCACUUGUGUGUGCUACAUAGAAAGAGUGGGCUUCUCCAUUGCAUACACCGCUGCUGCUGAUGCUGCUGGUGUAGAUCAAUCAAGCAAAGGAAUGAUACUCUCCACAUUCUACUACGGUUACGCAUGUUCACAAGUCCCCGGUGGUUGGAUUGCCCAAAAAAUCGGAGGAAGGCGAGUUCUCCUCUUCUCUUUCCUUCUAUGGUCUCUCACUUGUGCUUUUGUGCCGCUCGAUCCAAACCGAGUCACAGUUUUGGUCAUAGCUCGCUUGCUCGUCGGAGUAGCACAAGGGUUCAUCUUCCCCUCCAUUCACACCGUGCUAGCUCAGUGGGUCCCACCCCACGAAAGGUCUAGAUCUAUUUCUCUCAUGACUUCCGGCAUGUAUUUUGGUGCGGCAGCGGGAAUGCUCAUGCUCCCGAACCUAGUCAAGUUGCGGGGCCCACAAUCGGUAUUUGUAGUCGAAGCUAUUUUAGGUGCGAUAUGGUCUUUACUUUGGUUCAUGUACGCUAGCGAUCCACCUCGUUCUGAUCUUCCAAUCAAAGGGAAGCAAAAGACGAAAGGGGAAAACGGGGUUAGAACAAUGCAGAAUAUUCCGUGGAAGAGGAUUGUUUUGAGUUGGCCGAUUUGGGCGAUAGUGGCGAAUAACUUCACGUUCCACUACGCGCUUUACGUGCUGAUGAAUUGGCUUCCUACGUAUUUCGAGAUGGGGCUGAAUAGUAGUCUUCAAGAAAUGGGGUCCACUAAGAUGAUGCCGUAUCUGAACAUGUUUAUAUUCUCGAAUAUUGGCGGUGUGAUUGCGGAUCACUUGAUCACGAGGAGGAUACUGACGGUGACUAACACGAGGAAAGUUUUAAACACGGUGGGGUUUGUGGUAGCUUCUUUUGCACUGAUGGCACUUCCGUUAUUCAGAACGGCGGAUGGGGUUGUACUGUGUGCUUCGGUGGCGCUCGGUUUUUUGGCACUGGGGAGAGCUGGAUUUGCGGUGAACCAUAUGGAUGUGGCUCCAAGAUAUGCUGGGAUUGUGAUGGGGGUUUCUAAUACUGCCGGUACCUUAGCGGGUAUAGUUGGAGUUGAUCUCACGGGGCGGCUUCUAGAAGCUGCUAAGAAUGCACGGUUGGAUCUGACGAGUCCAGAUAGUUGGAGGGCGGUUUUUCAAAUCCCGGCAUGGCUGUGUAUCUUUAGCUCUUUUGUGUUUCUUUUACUGUCCACAGGGGAGAAGAUUUUCGAUUGACUGACAACAGAAGGUAAUAUUUUAGUAAAAUGUUUGGGCAGCAUUAAAGAAUUAAUAUCCAUAUAAAUGUAGAGAGCAUUAUCAAAGUAUAUAAAUAGUUUGAAUAUGAGUUUAAGUUGAUUGUAGUAAUCUCAGAACUCAUAUAAUUUUGAUUGUCUGGAUUAGAAUAAGAGACGCGUUUUGUUUUGUAUGUUUAAUUUGAAUUUGUGUAUUCCUUGUACACUAUUAGUAUUAGUAAUAGAUUGUUUGAAUUAAAUAUGUUAAUUAA